ACUAAAAUAAAGACCCAUCGGCUCGCUCGCCUCCCCUUCAGUUUUACCUUUUCUGCUUUUUUUCUUUUUUUUUUUUUUCCCUCUCCCUUUCUUGUCGCAACAGAGCGCGGGAGGCAGCCGUGACUCCGCUCUGAGGCUUGUCAAGGCUCGGCGCACUCACACACACGCACACGCAACCCACAGCGAAAACAUUUGCUCUCACCUGUCUCCAAACCCAAAGCAAACCUCAACGUCCCAGUGCAGCGCCGACACGUCGAACGAGAAAGGCACCCAAGCCACAGCCUAAUGCAAGGGGAAGAAAUUCAGCCUACGGUAGCAACUUUUCGCUAAAAAAACCAAACUACCAAGCGGGCGUAAGGAAGAAAAGGAGCAUUUUAAGAAAAGGACACCUGAGGGAAGGAGAUUUUACCUUUUGGAUUUCGUACCAAACUUUGGAAAAGUUUUUAAUUAUCAUUUUGUGCAUCUUAUUCUGAGGACAUUCAAUCACCGUUACCUGCAUGUAAAAACCUUUAACGUAUAUAUCUUUCAACAAGGAAGACAACCAAGAGGGAAAACCAGCAUGUGGACCACCUAGCAAAAGGCAACACCGAAGCAUCCCUUGCGGCGAGAAGGGGGGGGCGCAGGCUCUGGAUGCCUCUAAUUUUGAGGGACUGCAUUAUUUUUACCACCGGGCUUAUGAGAUAGCGCAGAAGCAGGCGAGUCACCCAGCGUUACCCCUCUCUCCCCUCACCACCGCCACCUCCUCCUCCUCCUCCUCUUCUCCCAAGGGGCUCCCGCCGCUCUCCCACCCGCAGCCGGGCUCGGAGGGGGAAUGGGAAGGCGCGGCGCCCUCCAUGCCUGAGGCCGGGCGGCCGCGGGGCUCUCUGCGGGAAGCGCUCUCCCUCCCGGGGGCUCGCCGUCCAUGUGCCCGCAGCCGGCGGGGCCUGAAGUCGGGAUGAAUUUCGGCGUGGUCUUCGCGUUCAUCCUCUCCCUGCCCCUGGCCCGCCUGGAGGGGGACCCCAUACCCGAAGACAUUUAUGAGAUUUUGGGUGGCAGCUCAGUGCGCUCCAUCAGCGACCUCCAGCGUGCCCUGCGGAUAGACUCCGUAGAGGAGGAUAGCUCGAGCCUGGACCUGAAUGCAACUCAGCCUGGUCAAAACCCCGUGGCCCUGUCUCGAGAGCGACGAAGCCUAGAUGCUCUGGCAGCAGCAGAGCCAGCUGUCCUCGCAGAGUGCAAGACGCGGGCGGUGGUCUUUGAAAUCUCCCGCAACAUGGUGGACAGCACCAACGCCAACUUUGUGGUGUGGCCGCCCUGCGUGGAGGUGCAGCGCUGCUCCGGGUGUUGCAACAAUCGCAACGUGCAGUGUCGACCCACCCAAAUUCGCGUCCGGCACAUCCAGGUGAACAAGAUCGAAUUUGUCCAGAGGAAGCCAAAAUUCAAAAAAGUCGUUGUGCCUUUGGAGGACCACGUGCAGUGUCGGUGUGAAGCAGUGUCCCGUCAGCCCCCCAGGAACAGCCGGCCAGGGCCACGUGAACAGAAACGCUUGUCGCCAUCGUUCACCACAGCCGCUGUCUCACAGAGGCAGCGAGUACGCCGACCGCCGGUGCAGAAGAGGAAACAUAAGAAGUACAAGCAUGUCAACGAUAAGAAAGUGCUGAAAGAAAUCCUCGUAGCAUAGAAGUGCUGGCAGGGGAGAGAGAGCACAAGGCAGGUUUAUUUAAUGUAUUUGCUGUAUUGCCCCCAUGGGGUCCUUGGAUUGAUAACUUUUCCUCUUUGUCCGUCUGCCUCGACGUCUGAUUCAGACGGCAAUUGGUGCUUCCCUUUCCAUCAGUGGACCUUCUCCCACCAAAGCCUCUCCCUUCUUUCAUUUAUUAGCAUAAUUGUAAAGUUUUACACACAAGAAAAAAGGAUGACAAACAUGACCUAUAUAUAUAUAUAUAUAUGAGAAAAGAACAAAGUACAAAUAAAACCAUGAACCCCGACAGCCACAAUACGCAACGAGGACAGGACAAUGCCUUCCCUGCUCCAGAGGACAGGAUGGAAAAUGUGAAAAGGAAAGUGGGUCCAAUUUCUUCGAAGAGGAGAAGAAAAACAAAUGGACAGAGGGUGGAAGGGGAAUAUUCUCUCUUUGCCUCCUGUUUCUGGUAAGGCUGGGGGCCCGCCUGAGAUCAACACUUGCACUGGACCUACCUUUUGAAAACAGGCAUAUCUCAGAUUGCUAGCAGCGACCGAUGAUGGAAAAUGCACUAAGGACUUUUAUCGCCCUACCUGGACAGAUAUGUAUUUUUAACAUGUGGGCGUAUAUUUUAUUUUAAAAAAGAAAAACCAAAACCACUAAGAUUUACAACAUCUCGGGGAAACAGAACAGAAAAAAAAAAAAACAAACCACAAACAACAAAGAAGCCAAAUGCAUUCCCCCCCCUCCCUUUCCCCUCCUGCUCCUGGUGCUGACUGGAAGGUGUUUGGAUCGUGGGGAAGGAGCAGACAGCGGCAGAAUCGUCUCCACGCCCCCGGCCCCUGCCAAGGGGAGCCAUUUUUGCACAUGCUGGUGGAGAAUUCGACUUUCCAGGCUUGGACUCAAAUUAUUUUUUAAUUUUGUUCUGUAUGUGUGCGCGUGUAUCUGUGUGUAUAUAUAUAUAUAUAUAUACGUGUGCGUGCGUGCGUGUGUGUGUAUGUGUAUUUAUACAUACAUAUAUAAAUAUAUAUAUAUAUAUAUAUGUUCUUAAAUGGAUUUCAUUCCCCGGUGGCAGGAAGCUCGGCGGCACGUGCACGCAUCGGCUUCGUUGGGCCGGCAGAAAAGCACACUGUUAGUGCAACGUGCCUGCGAGGUCCGAGACGGGACGGGCAGAGACAUCAUCUGAUCUCUCGCUGUCUUGUUGCCCUUUUCUCUCACUCUCCACCAACCCCCCAGCACAACUUCCUUGCAGGAGGCGAAGCGGCACCACAACAAGACCAACAACGGCCAAACUUAGAAGCAUGACUUAAUCUCCAUGAGCUGUCCUUGCCUGCUCUGUGGUCCUCAAAGCAGAAUCACGCCAUUCCCCUGAGGUUUUUAACCCCUUCACGGGUGUCCUGCGCACCAUCUCUUCACCGCUCUCCCCCUGCUGAUGUCCCCGCAUCUCCCAUCGUUUUCCUCACAUUUUCCCUCUCAAAUUCCUUCUGGAUUUUUGCCCGUUAGGUGUUCCCAGCACACCUAGCUUGGAAGUUGGUCUGUGUAGAUAUAGAGAAGGAAAUGAGGAUGGUCUUUGCAGUUGGCAGCAGCCAUCUGAGACAGAAAUGAGCUCUUCUAAGCGAGGAAGACUCGGAGGGCAACUGGAUGGUCAGUUGUUGAGUUCCUCCCAGGCUGCUGCCUGCUCCGGAGGAGGGAGGAGGACUCUGUGUGCGGGGGCUAUUUCUGCACACCUAAUACUCACUCACCAUUAGCAGAAAUGUUACGUAUGAUGGGAAUUUCCAGUGUCACCUUGGGGUCCCGGCCUCGGAUCAUGCCGUGCUGGGCACUCCAGAGUUACACAUGAAGAAAGUGCCUGAGCAGAGCUGGCGCGGCAGCCCUCCCCUUCCCCUCCUGCCUCCAGCCGCUUCCCCCCUCGCACACACACGCACCCCUGUCUUGGGGCAAAGCCCCCAGCGGGAGCUGGGGGAAGGAGGUGAAGCUGUGACCUGAGAGCUGCCACAAGUUGUGGAGGGACCCAGCCCUCGCCUCCUGCAAGCCCAGAGCACUUCUCCUACCACUGCCGAGGCAGCACGUCGCUCCCUCCCUCCGUCCCCAAGCCCUCAAGUCUUAAGACACUUUGUUUUCCUGUUCCAAAAUCUGUUUCCUUUGGUUUGUAAAGAUGUUGAGGUUUUAUUUUAUUUUAAUUUUUUUUUGCCUUUUUUUUUAAAUGUAAGAUUAA